CGAGCUGAGGUGAAUAGGUGUUCCUGUCCAAUGCAGUUUCCUAUGAUCAGAAUUGCAGAAGGAAAAUACAGGAUAGGAGACUCCAAUACACUCAUCUUUGUUAGAAUCCUUCGCAAGCACGUCAUGGUUCGGGUCGGAGGAGGCUGGGACACCCUGACUCACUACCUGGACAAACAUGAUCCAUGCAGAUGUAUAGCGCACAAAAAGAAUCAACGACGGAGUACCGCCGGUGCAGACUUCGGACCAAGAAGCCCCAAGAGAAAGAGUUCUGUGAAGCCAUCUGAUGUCUACCACGCCCUCAACGGCCAGAGUUCAGAUGGUACUACCUCUCCUACAGAGAGUGGAACCACCCGAUCCAACUCACCAACCACCUCUCCGAACCGUCGUGUAAAACCUGACGUCCGACCUCGAAGCGCAGUCAUGUCACCUCCCAGACGACAGAGCAACGGAGAUACAUACCGUCCAAAUAGCCUGAACCUCGGUGUCAGGAACAGUCCACGAAACAGUCCACGUCCGUUGCGCAGAGGAAACAGUUUUGAUUCCUCACCGAAGUUUGUGACAUCACCAGACUCUAGCGACACUUACAGUAAUUCUGACCUUGGUGGUCAUGUCACCCCGACAAAGGACUCUACUUUGAAACGAAACCAUAGUCGUUCCAACCCACGUAAGGUGACACCUGAUUCUGAUAGUACUGCUUAUAGCGAAACAGUGCCUAUGAGCGUCGGGAGCCCCCUCCGAAGAAGGAACUCAACGAAACAAGCAACAUCGAACAGUAACAAGACAUCUCAGACAGCGACAGAAGAGUUCAUGAGGCGCAAACGUCAGCAAGCUAGAGCACAAUCCGUGCAGGGAGCAGACUGUAAGCUUGAGCGUGAAUCAUGUAUCCAGAGUGCACCGACCAGCCCCACCAGGAGACGUGGCAACCCUUUGAGCAGUAGCAUGAGAUCAGCAAGCAGGCCACGCGACUUGGUCAAGCGGGCUGCUGUAGGUGCAGCUGAUGAAAGGCGAAUGGAAAGCGGUGGUGCCCGGGAGUCUCGUGGAAAGACUGUUAAGACUACGGGUGAUUCUAAACUACCAGUAAGAGAAUACAGCCCGAGUCCGAGUUUAAGUCGAAGAAGUUCAACUCCUGGUGGCCUCUCGCGGAAGUCACGCGCUCAGUCAGCUAAGACGAGUAAGGAAAUGGACAAAAGGCGUCUAUACAGUUCAGAGGAACCUGUUAUGAUGAUCAAGCGUGAUGAUGAUGGAAGACAUCGAGUGGACAGCACCAGCAGCUGCGAAUCUAAUGGCAGUAGUGUCAAGUCUGGCUCAAGAAGCCUGAGUGGUAUACCCAGUAAAAGACUCUCUGAAUCCAACACAAACAAGAAGAGGUAUAGAAGUAUAUCCGUAGACAGAUCUAACAGUAACUCUGAUCAAUUUGGUGCUGCUAGCGAACGCAGGAGGAGCUUGUUUGAGCGAACACACACUGAUCGUACACACAGCGAUCGUACAAACACCGAUCGUAGAAAAUCUCUCGAUCGGUCAAACAGUGGUUGCAAGAAACCUUCGGUAGAACGCCCGUCUCUGCAAGUACAAAGAGUACGUUCGGAAAACGUCCAACCAAGAUCUAGGUCACUGUCCCGCGAUUGGCAGACCAACAGUCUUCGACUCCCCAAGACGAGCAGCAACAGGUCGCAACAUCCUCUAUCGAGGAGCUCAUCUGCACGGGGUAGUCCUGUCCGCCGACGACGAUCAGACAUUCCACUCACACCCAACCAUCUACGACCUGACUCAUGGGACAAUGGAGCAACUGCAAGUGUACCACCAACAUCAACUCGGUCUCGACUCAGACCACCCACAGCCAUUCCGUCACACCUGAAACCUGACCAUUCUUCCAUGACAUCAGUCAGAUCAGACACCCGUCGUGACAGUCGCCCAACAAGAAUCCCCUUACCUUCCGGUCACAAGCGCCUCCUGGAAGCCCAAAGCAGAUCCAGAUCCAACUCACUCCCGACCAUCCUUGCGGAUCUCCUGGAGGCUUGGCAGACUGUUCAGAACAGCACCCGACAGCUUCAGAACAUGGAUCCCUUUGACAUGUCACCGUGUCGAAGCAGUGAAGGUGAUUCCAUCUCCCCGACAUCCUCAGUCCGCACAGCACCAGACCUCAACCAUGACUCAGGCUACGAAGACAAUGCUAAUAUCCUCAAGUUCUCACCAAAUCUUAACAAUCAUCAUCCCGUACUUCCCUCUAUCGAUUCCACUGAGAAUUGAUCAGAUAGACCAAUGACAUUGAUCCUUCCUAUCUGUUACUAUUAUUUCUCACAAGCUGCUGAUUAAGGUCCUCACGCUAGAGUACUCAUCUGUUUCACCA